AUGGAGGAACCGGCCGACACGAACGCCCUAUGGGUGAAUCUCAGUUCGCUCGGCGAUGGCAACAUCUUCGCCGUGCUGCCGCAAAUCAUCAAGCAAAUGAUGAACGACAGCCUGACGAUGGCCGUCGACGAUUUCGACGACGUCGUCCUGCCCAGCGACGAGACGUGGCGCACCAAGAUCUACUAUCAAUUGGUCGAGAAACAGAGGCAAAUCGACAAGACCGGCGAUGACGAGCCCCGGGAUAGCGAGAUAUGCAAGCAUCGCGUGAUGCAAGAGGCGCAAUUAAACCGCUUCGGCCCUUCGAAAUCCCCGUUAACCUUUAAAGUGUUGCACGUAACACACGUUAAAAGCUAA